GUGAGGAACCCGGGCUUUGUGCGGCUGACGUCACACAGACUCGCGAUCCAGCGGAGGGGAAGCUCGUGGGGAGGGGUGUCGUCCCGAGCCAUGGAGACCAGUUAGCAAGCGGUGUGCACGGGGCUGGGCGUCUACGCGGUGUUAGCGCUGCGCGUUCCCAUGGAGUUCUUCUGCAAAAUACUCGGACUGCGGUAAUAAUAGUCCUCCCCACGGAGGAAUGCCAGGCCCUGAGCAAACCCCUGAAGCGGAGGAGGGGCUGCUCCUCCCUGCCCCUGAUGGACCCCCUGGCCACAGCAUUGAACCCGACGGUGCCACCACCAGCCUCCUGGAAUCCGUCAAAGAGCAGGAGCUCCAGUUUGAGCGUCUGACCCGGGAGCUGGAAGCAGAGCGGCAGGUUGUGGCCAGUCAGCUGGAAAGAUGCAGGCUGGGGGCCGAGUCACCCAGCGCCGCCAGUGCCAGCUCUUCGGAGAAGUCCUCCCCUUGGAGAUCCACAGAUGCCUCCAUCACAGGUGAGACCAAGUCUCGUGUGACGGACAGCUCGCAGUCACCGCCGUUCCACCUCCGCAGUGACCAGGAGCAGAUGUCCCUGUACUCCCCAGAGCAGGCUUCCCUCCCUGAAAGUGAGGGGUCUGCCGGAAACUCGCGCAGCUCCACCCAGAUGAACUCGUACUCGGACAGCGGCUACCAGGAAGCCGGCAGCUACUACAGCUGCCAGAACCUGGGCAAGUCGGACCUGCGACCCCAGCUCUCGUACCAGGGGCCAAGUGGGGUGGGCGCUGCAACGCUCGCGAGGAAUGCCAGAGCUGAAGGCCAGGCCUCUGUCCAGGCCCCCAUGACUCUCCCAGCAGCUCCAGGCCGGGCCAUGAGAAGAGUGUGUUCGGUGCCAUCCCGCACGCAGUCUCCCGGCUAUGGCAGUGGCUUUUCCCCAUCGCGGGCCUCCCUUCGCGGCCCCAUGUCCCUGGCAGAGCCCAAGGCCCUGUCGGCCAUCUACUCGAGCAGCACACUGCCAGCCGGUCCACGCACCGGCUCUCCCUACGCAGCACAGACUGCCGAAUCGCCUGGCACAUCCCGCCGCAACACCUCGCCCCACCAAGCCUCUCGGACCGGCAUGGCCGCUGUACCGCAGCACUAUGGUCCGGCACCUCGCUUUGAUACCGACCUAUACAGUCAACCCGCCUAUGACAUCUAUGACAGGAUGAUCCUGCCCCGGCCAGACAGCCUUGCAGACGCUCUGAUAGAUGAAGUACAAGGGCUUCGGAGCUCCUACGCCAGUCAGCACAGCCAGCACAGCCGGCUGGGACCAGACCUGCAUGCGGCCAUGUCUCCCGAGCGCCACAUCAUGCCCAUCUACGAGGACCAGACCUUUCAGAGCCCCCUGUACCACAGUCCAAGCCGUGCAACUGUAGACCUCAACCACAGCUCGCAGAGCGCCAUCUACAGGACGGUGUCAGGCAUGGGCAACCUGCAGAGGGGCUCCAGUCUGCGGGGCAGUUCCCGGUAUCAGCGUGGUAGCUAUGCCAUGAGUUCAACGAGCGGCUAUGCCGAACCGUACCGCACUGCGCAGUACCGGCCUGCCGAAGCCAGCUACGCCACAGCCACACGGUCGCCCUCCAUAGACAGCAUCCAGAAGGAUCCCAGGGAGUUUGGCUGGCGAGACCCCGAGCUGCCUGAGGUCAUCCACAUGUUGCAGCACCAGUUCCCAUCGGUGCAGGCCAACGCUGCCGCCUACCUCCAGCAUCUGUGCUACGGAGACAACAGGGUGAAGGCCGAGGUGUGUCGCCUCGGGGGAAUCCAGCACCUGGUGGACUUGCUGGACCACAAAGUGCUGGACGUCCAGAAGAACACGUGCGGAGCACUGCGCAAUCUAGUCUACGGCAAGGCCACGGACGAUAACAAGGUUGCUGUGCGCAAUGCUGGCGGUAUCCCGGCACUCCUGCGACUACUGAGGAGGACGGUUGACGCGGAGGUGCGGGAGCUCGUCACCGGGGUGCUGUGGAACCUGUCGUCGUGCGAUGCGGUCAAGAUGACGAUCGUGCGCGACGCCCUCGUCCCACUCACCAACACAGUCGUCAUCCCGCACUCCGGCUGGAGCAGCGGCUCCUGCUUCGAUGAUGACCAUAAGCUCAAGUUCCACUCCUCCCUGGUGCUGCGCAACACAAGCGGCUGCCUCAGGAACCUGAGCUCGGCAGGGGAGGAGGCGCGGAAGCAGAUGCGCUGUUGCGAGGGCCUUGUGGACUCCCUGCUCUACGUGAUCAAGGCCUGUGUGAGCACAUCAGACUUCGACAGCAAGAUUGUGGAGAACUGCAUUUGCACCCUGCGGAACCUCUCGUACCGCCUGGAGCUGGAGAUGCCCCAGUCCGGGCUGCUGGGGACCCAGGAGCUGGAUGGCUUGCUGGGGAGGGAGUCGCCCAGCAAGGAGGUGGAGUCCAGCUGCUGGGGCCGCAGGAGACGGAAGAAGAAGAAGACGCCACCAGACGAGCAGUGGGACGGUGUGGGCCCCAUCCCGGGUUUCUCCAAGUCACCAAGGGGAGUGGAGAUGCUGUGGCACCCGACCGUGGUGAAGCCCUACCUGACACUGCUGGCAGAGAGCUCCAACCCUGCCACGCUGGAGGGCGCUGCAGGAUCAUUGCAAAACCUCUCUGCAGGGAACUGGAAAUUUGCGGCCUACAUCCGUGCAGCGGUGCGCAAGGAGAAGGGUCUGCCCAUCCUUGUGGAGCUACUCCGGAUGGACAAUGACAGGGUGGUGUGUUCCGUUGCCACGGCGCUCAGGAACAUGGCGCUUGAUGUCCGCAACAAGGAGCUCAUCGGGAAGUACGCCAUGCGGGACCUGGUGAACAGGUUGCCGGGCAGCGGGACCUCGCUGCUGUCGGACGAGACAGUGGCAGCUGUCUGCUGCACUCUCCAUGAAGUCACUAGCAAGAACAUGGAAAACGCCAAGGCACUGGCAGACACGGGUGGGAUUGAGAAGCUGGUGAACAUCACCAAGGGCAGGGGCGGCAGGUACUCCAUGAAGGUGGUGAAGGCUGCCGCUCAGGUGUUGAACACUCUGUGGCAGUACAGAGACCUGCGUGCCAUCUAUAAAAAGGAUGGAUGGAACCAGAACCACUUCCUUACCCCGGUGUCCACACUAGAGCGAGACCGGUACAAGUCCCAGCCCACUCUGCCCAGCAACUCCCUACAGAUGUCUCCCAUAAACCAGUCCGCUGGCAGUGCCACCUCCUCCCCUGCCAUGCUGGGAAUCAAAGAGCACCGUUCCAACUACCAGAGAGCGCACUCGUCUAUGCAAUUUUAUAACUACCAGGAAGACAACCAUGUGCACAAGAGUCCGUUCACAGGGUCUGGAAAGCCAUUUCUGAUAGAUUCUUACUCUUCGCCUUCCAGAGAGGAGACUCGGAGAGCACAGCUCUACUACGCCGAUGAGCCGAGCAGGAGGAACUACGACAACUACAGGCUGCAUCUGCAGUCCCCCAUGGGCUACGAGGACCAAUACUUUGAGGAGGCGGUGCCCUACGCAGCGGACUACACCUCGCAGCCGCAUGGGCUCAAGUCCAACACCAAUUACGUGGACUUCUACUCCACCACUCGGAGGCCUUCGUACCGGGCAGAGCAGUACCCGGGCUCCCCUGACUCCUGGGUCUAGAGACACAGGGCAGAGAGUGCCGCCCUCCUCUCUGAGCCGAACGCGCUCGUGCAUCCUGACCAAAGGCUGAGGAGCAGCGCGUGUGAGCCAAAGAGGGAGUUUGAGGAACGCGUGGUUUCGUUUUUUUUUUUUUUCUCCCCUAGUCGAAAGGGAGGAACAUGCAGUGGGGGGUGUCCGACGACUGCACCGGACACCCCAGUUAGGCGUUUUCUUUUCCUUUGUCGAACCCGUAGCAGCAGUAGUGUGCCGAAGGCCGUGGGUCAUGUGGAGAAAGGCUUGUGGUAGAGAAGCAGACGGGAAGCAGGGAUGUAGAACACAAGGGAUUGUAGCAUCGUGUGUGAAGAGGAGAGGAUGAUAACUAUGUUUGUACAGUGGAUCCUGGUGGGAUUCCUCUCGUGUUUUAUUGCUGUAUGUAAUAUUGAGACUGUGUGUGUGUCACAGAGUCCUGUACAUUUUCCUCAUGUCAUUGUACAUACAGAGAAUAAGUCCACCCCCGGUUCGGGUCAUCAGCGCCGGUGUACACUUGUGCCAUGUUAAAAGGAAAUAUAUAGAUAUAUGGAGCCAUUUAAAGAAAAAAGUUCACUUCAAGUGUCCAAAGGUAAUAAAGUGGCAUUCUUGUUUUUUAAAAAGAACAGUGUAAUUGCCAGUGUUUUUGUGACAUCGCACAGGUGUUUACUUUCCCAUUUCCUCUCCCGUGUCCCUCGCUCCCGUGUUCUGUGCACGAGUAGAAAUAAAUGUGAGCGUUUCAUCCA